UUCUCGCGAGACUUGGCAACACUGCUUUGCUCAUCAUUCUGGCGCGCUUCAUUCGUUCGCUCUGUCGUGCUUCUCCUCGCUCGCUCGUCAGUAAAAUGCCCUGCUCUGAAGUUACAGAAGCGGUUUCGCCGCAGAAGAGAUGUAAGCGUGAUGCGGUGAACGGACACGAAGAACAGGUGCUAACAUUCGCCACGCUGACGGAAAACGCCACGCCGCCGAGCCGAGGAUCGAACCGAGCCGCGGGAUUCGACCUGCACAGUGCAUAUGACUACAGCAUCGGGCCGAUGGAUAAAGCUCUGGUCAAGACCGACAUCCAGAUCGCGGUUCCGCAUGGACACUACGGCCGAGUCGCUCCUCGCUCGGGUCACGCACUGAAGCACUUCAUCGAUGUUGGCGCUGGCGUGGUCGAUGAGGACUACAGGGGGAAUCUGGGAGUCGUGCUCUUCAACUUCAACAAAGAGCCGUUUGAAGUGAAGAAGGGCGACCGCAUCGCUCAGCUGAUCUGUGAGAGGAUCUGUUACCCGGAGCUGCGGGAGUUACAGACGCUGGAUGAGACGGAGAGAGGAGCGGGAGGCUUCGGAUCCACCGGCACCAACUGAAACUGUUACCGUGUUAAAUGUUGUAAACAUGAACAUUUAAAAUGUUGUAAUUUAUAGUUUAAUGGUGUAAAAUGUGUCUUAUUUCAAGGCGAGUCAUUUAUUUA